AUGCCGUCUCCUAUCCACAAAACAACAUACCCAGCAAUCUCCCCUCUUCGUCCCGAACUUUCCACCAAAGGAAAGAAUACUCUGAUCACAGGUGGAGGCUCUGGUAUCGGUGCUAGCAUCGCAAAGUCCUUUGCAAAGUCGGGCGUGACCAAACUAGCUCUUCUUGGUCGCACAGGCAAAACACUCCUCGCAAACAAAACCGAGAUAGAAGACAAACACCCUCAAACUAAGGUCUGGACCUACACCGUUGAUAUAUCCGACUCUGAGUCAACUCGAAAUGCCCUUGAAGCGUACGCCAAAGCAGUAAACGGCAAGAUCGACAUCCUCAUCGCCAACGCAGGAUACAUGCCCAAGGCAGAGCGUAUCACUGUAGCUGAUCCAGAUGACUGGUGGAGUGGUUUCGAGAUCAACACAAAGGGCAACUUUAACCUCUUGCGCGCUUUCGAUCCUCUCGCUGCCCCUGGAGCAAGAGUUAUCCACGUCUCGACCCGAGCUACGUACAUCGAGUACCUGGAGGGUUUCUCCGGAUACCGAGCGUCCAAGCUAGCUGCGUACAAGCUGUUUUCCUGGUAUGCAAACGAAAACCCCGACAAAGUGGUCCAUCAGUUCGACCCGGGUUUAAUUUUAGAUACUGGAAUGUCUGCUCCGCUUGAAGGCCUGAUCAAGGAGAUUGGACUUGUGGGAGAUGAUGUUGAACUUCCCAGUGACUUUUCGGUCUGGUUGGCUAGCGAUGAAGCAAACUUUUUGAGUGGUCGUUUCGUUGAGUGUGCGUGGGAUGUUGGGGAUCUAAAGGCGGCCAAGGAGGAACUGAAGGCAUCGUGGAACAAAUGGACAAUCGGCUUGUUGGUUUAA